GCGGCCGGGCGCACCGCCGUCCCUCGCGCCGCGCCCACCCGCCGGGGCCCUGGGACCAUGGAGGACGUGAAGCUGGAGUUCCCCUCGCUCCCACAGUGCAAAGACGACGCCGAGGAGUGGACUUAUCCUAUGAGACGAGAGAUGCAGGAAGUUUUGCCUGGAUUGUUCUUAGGCCCAUACUCUUCUGCUAUGAAAAGCAAGCUACCUAUAUUACAGAAACAUGGAAUAACUCAUAUAAUUUGCAUACGACAAAAUAUUGAAGCAAACUUUAUUAAACCAAACUUUCAACAGUUGUUUAGAUAUUUAGUUUUGGAUAUUGCAGAUAAUCCAGUUGAAAACAUAAUACGUUUUUUCCCUAUGACUAAAGAGUUUAUUGAUGGAAGCUUACAAAAUGGAGGAAAAGUUCUUGUCCAUGGGAAUGCAGGUAUCUCCAGAAGUGCUGCCUUCGUUAUUGCAUACAUCAUGGAGACGUUCGGGAUGAAGUACAGAGAUGCAUUUGCUUAUGUCCAAGAAAGGAGAUUUUGUAUUAAUCCUAAUGCUGGAUUUGUCCACCAACUCCAGGAAUACGAAGCCAUCUACUUAGCAAAAUUAACAAUACAGAUGAUGUCACCACUCCAGAUAGAAAGGUCCUUAUCUGUUCAUUCUGGUACCACAGGUAGUCUGAAGAGAACACAUGAAGAAGACGAUGAUUUUGGAAACAUGCAAGUGGCGGCAGCACAGAAUGGCUGAGCUCUGAGGACUGUUCCACGGAUGUGAAUUUCCAUUUGGACAGGAGAGAAUCCUAGUGAUAAUUGUAAAGUGGUAAAAACACAGAUAGUUUCUUUUCAAUUAUAUGUUGCUUCCAGACAUGUUUCUCUGCAACUUGUUGAGCAACACUUAAGAUGUUGGACUUCUACAGUAGAUGGCGCUGAUGGGUGAUGGGUUUACUUUACAAACAACACAAACAAAACAAAACAAAAAAACCACUUUACGGUUUUAUUGUAAACCAAGAAUUUUGAACGUGCAAAGAGGUAUUAUUGCAAUAAUGCACUUUUCAUACUUGAAAUUUAUUUGUAUGAUGUAAAGUUAUUACUUUAAGCAAACUGCAAGUUAGGGGGACUUGUUUAUAAAUUUUGGAUAAUUUAUAACAAAUUUCCUAAUGUUUCCUAAAAACUCAUUUUGUGUUAUAUAUAUAUUACAUUUAAAGUAAUUUUACAGUUCACUUUUCUGAUGGAGCCUCUUACAGAAACAUUAACAAAAUGUAGAACUUUCACAUUUUUUAAUAUAAUUCAGUAACUUAAUUACCAUUUUUUGAAAUUUCUUAGCCCUUUAUUUUUAAAUCAUGACUUUUGCCAACUACUUUACUAAUCCAGUGAAUACUUCCUUUCCAAUUGCCUUCCUUAUUCUAAACAAGAAAAAAAAGUUGUAAUGAUCAAAGAAAGAGGUCUUACUUCCAAAACCAGAUACUCAAAUAUAAGGGUAGUGUUCUAUUUCCAUCUCCAUUUUUUUCUUUUUGUUGUUUGUUUAAGCCAGAAGUUGACUCGGUCUUUUCAGAGUUGCCCAGCCCUUUUUACCUUUGUCCAAAAUGGUUCAAAGUCGACUCUUAAGAAACCAAACUAAUGUAGCACUGUUUCUUCAAUAUGAAACCCCCAAAAGAAAAAGUGCCUUGAAUCAACAAUUAAAUCCUCAUGACCUCUAAAUUAGUAUCUAGAGCAGUGAAAAGCUAUUCACAUUUUCUGUAAUCUGUUUUUAAACCAUAAAUUAAACUGAAUCUGUGAAGCUUGAAGAAAGUCGGUGAUUUGGAAGGAGACAUUUACUUCUUCGUUUCACGUUGUCUUGCUUCUGUGAGGCUGUUCAGCUGACAGCUUUGCCUAGAAGAUCCAUUGGAGAAAGCAGUUUGUGGAUGGCUUCAGGGUAUUGUAAAUUACUGUUUUGACUUGUUCUUACAUUUGUUCAAACUUACCCCAUAAUUUGCAUUAGCAAAGUAACUUGAUGGCUCUUUAGUUUUCCAUGUUUUUAUCUAUAUGUAUAAAAGUUGUUCUACAAAACCCAUUUUGCUAUUUUAAGUGUGAUGUGCAGAAGAGAGAAGUGUUUUUAACCUUUUGUAUCUGAUGACUUUAGGGUAGCACAAACACAGCUCCUUUAUAGUUGACAUUUCUCAGUCCUCUCUCGAGGUGCUUUCUUGUUGGGAAUGAGAGCUAUCCAUUUCCAGGGUACCAUGAGGCACUGUGCAGGCAGCCUGUCAGACUUAGUUAGUUACUGUAACAGUACGGAGAAGGCUCAGUCCUGCACAGUGGGAGCCUGACUAUAAACCAGAGUUACUGUUAACUAGAGUUACUUCCUCUUUGGAGUUUGCAUCCCAUCUCCUACCUUUCCCCCCUAAAACCAGCAUUGGGAUCCACUAUUCUGUUGUGUCACUGGUGUGCUGGGCUAGUAGAGUCAGGAUUACAUUCGGCGUUCAAAACUUCCUAUGUACACACCAUCAAUGGACAGGUCAACAGAAGAUCUCUCUUGCAGUCAACUCAUAACCUAUGACUCAUUGAACAGAAAUUGUGCUUAGAGUAAUCUCCAUAUAAAAUGACUUUUCAAGAUGAGACAUUUGAAAUAUUCUUAAUUUUCAUAAAAAUAUAUGCUCCUCUUUAGGAGUCUGGCCAAAAAUACAGAGUAGGCUAUUGAUAGUCAUUUGUAGCUGGUAAUCUUCCAUUUUUCUAACCAGUCAUUUUUAUGUUCUCACGUGAAGUGCCUAUCCAGCACGAUAUACUGGAAAUAGUCUCACACACUCGAGACUGCCAUCGGGUUGAGCACAGUUGAUGUGAACAGUGAGGUUCCUUCUUUCCUAAGAAGCCUGCAAGUUUCUUGUUUUCUUCCACUGUGUUUACUAAGUAGCUGUCUUAGGUUCCGUUUCCAGUGAUGUUUGAUAACAGCCAACUAUGAUAAACUUAACCAAUCACGUCUUAGUCUCUAGAACUGAAUAAUGAAUGUCCACCCAGUUUCAACACUAAAUAUGUAGUCUGGGUUCAGAAUUAAAAGUACAUUUUUAUCAAAACAUAGGGAACUUCAUUAUCCUCAUUUUGAAAGUUUUGAGAUAGAUACUGGAAACUUUGGAGUGGGGGUGGGUCUUCUCUUAGUUUGACUGGUUCCUGCUAAUUUCUUGUCUAGUAGAUGUUGACUUGUACCAACUGUGGUAGGAAUGUUCAAGUGUGAUAGCUUUGCUAUGAACUUUCAACCACUAGCAGAGCAGAAUAUUCAUUUGCAGGGGUAUGGGGUUGUGCUUAAUCUGAGUCUAGAAGUAAUGUCAGAAAAUGCUUAAGCAUGUCCUUUGUAAGAAAACAUAAGGUUCCUAAUUGUUUAAUUACUAUGGUAAUUCAAACUAAUUAGAAGUUUUUAAGUGCAAUCUUGAAUUAUGAAGUUGAGAUGUAUAUAUUAGGAUCUCAAUUUGAUGUAAAGUAAAUGAGCAGUUACCUGACGGAUUUUUUUUUUAAACUGGUUUAAUCCAUGAGUCUAAAGCAUAGCUUCACUUCAGUAUUUACAUUAUCUUUGUCCAUUCAACACCACUCCAAUAAGGAAAUGAUAGGAAAUAGCUGAGACUUACACAAGGAUUUUAUUUAUUUAUUUUUUAAUUAGGAAAAUAAGUUUCUAGAGUCUUGAGUGCUGGAUAUUCUUUGUCUUUCCCAUUCAUGGCAGCUAAAGAAAAAAAAAUCACUCAAAAUAUUCAGGUUUACAUGUUAAGCUUUCUCACAGGGAGCUGCCAUACCUCACAGUUCAAAGUGUUUUCUCAAUCAGUAACAUGAUACUGACAUGUAAUUGCAAUUUACUAUGCAGCAAAAAGUGAUUCAAGAAAAAUAACAUACAGUGUCUCUUUACCUCUGUAUAGGCAAUGGCUUACAUUACUCUGCUUUUAACAUUUGUACUCAGAUGAAAUGCUUCUGUAUGUAUAGGAAUGUCACAGAUGCAAGAUGCUGCUAGCCUGGGCACAAAGUAUUAAAAUUAUUUUGUGAAGACUGGUGGUUGUAUUAAAACUGUUGUGCCAUUGUACCUCAA